AUGACGAUGAUGAUCCCGUCGAGUGCGCUCCUGGCGAGCAGGGCGGGGUCUAGGAGGGGCUCGUCGGCGAGCUUGAACGCCGCCGGCGGUGGCGGAAGUGAAGGAAAAGGAAAGGCAGAUGGGGUCGCUCCCGCCGCCGCCGUCGCCGUCGCCGCCGCCACUGCUGAUGGCCCUGCUGUUGCGGCUACCGCCUCAUCGGCUGCUGCUGCUGAUGGUCCUGCUGCUGCUACUGCCACUGGUGAGAAUGCUCCUUAGCCGACACCCGAUUCUACGGCCGAAGGCUAGAUAGAGGGGGUUGGGCUGGCUGGCUCCAAGGGAUCCAUACGGCGGCAGUUGAUAGCGACGGAGCACCCGCAGCAGAAGUGAUGCGCGGAUAACACAGCGUAUGACUACGAGUAGAUUCACUUCCCAGACUAGCUAGUUCUUGUGCGUGUUUUUUUUUUUUUUGCUGUAGAGGAUGCGCGCGUACGGAUGUUUUGGCCGACGGAGGGGGACCGGUGGACGAUAAUUAUGUCCUGAUGUUCCCCCGCCCCGUCUGUACAACCUAUAGCAAAUAGUUGCGGCUUAUGUGAGCUGCUGCAUCCCAGGUCGGCCGCGUUGUUGUGCAGCAUAGCGCAGCGCCCGUGCUCUCGGCAGCCGAACCCUCAGGGGGGCGGCACUCUUCUCGCUAGCGGGGCGCGCGCUUUGAGGCCGUCGGUGUAGGCACGGUCGUAUGCAUGCAAGAGUAUGCGUAGGUUAGCGUCGAUGUGAUAUGCCCAAGCAAGGCCAGGUUCAUGAGUUCGUUUUUUGGUUCUUCAGACAAAUACCACCACCUUUGGUGACGUAGGACGUCCUACCCCCUUGAUCGAUUUUCUUUUCGUUAGUAUACGCCAGAAGAGCGGGGGUUCCCCGAAACUAUCGGCGUUGGAUUGCUCACUUGUCGUCGGGAGCUUUCCGAAGACGUAAAACUGUCAACGCGCUCCUCUUGGUCAUGUAAGUAGUCGAGCUUUGCAAUUGGUCCGGGGGGUGCGAUGUCUUGCGUCACCUACCUGCGGUCGGGGCUGGGUUCAGUUUCUCGGUAUUCAUGAGUGGCUUCUUGUUGCCACGUUUCGUCAGGAGGGCAGUGGGCCUGGCCUAGGACAAGCAGUUUCGUUAUGUUCUUGACGUCUUGUGAGUAGUGGCGAGCACUGCAGGGUCGGGGUGCUUGUUGGAGACCUGGCAACACAUAUGGAGGAGAUCUUCUCGCCUGGAAAUGGUACCUACCAUACCGGGGGUGACUACCACGAUAGAAAAGCCGAUCUUCACCGAGGGAAUGGUAACUAGUGAUUGAUUGUAAAGGAAUGGUUUGGAAAGAAAUGCACCCAUCCUGCAUUGCAUGCACUCUUCGGUCGCCUUGUGUUGUGGUACACAGUCUACCUCCUCCCCAGGCGCCUUGAUGAUCCAUGUACCCCCAGAGGUCUAGGUUAGGAUGACAAACUCAAAACGCACUAUCUGAAGGACACUUACACGUAGUACGCGUCGAGAACGACUGGCAUUUAGUAGUUUUCGACACCACAGGCCGGGGGUACGGCAGAAGAGUCCCGGGCCAGACUCGAAGCCCCGCACGCCUUUUUGUCUCCUCAGGAGGGAUCGAAAGGCUGACUAA